AUGGCGGACUCCAUCACCGAAAAGGAGAAGACGAUCCCUCCGCCAUCCGGGGAGCACGGAAUCGGCAAAGCGACGCAGGAGGUCACAAUCACAAAGGACGGCUUCAGCGUCCAUCCCCAGCCCGUCCAAGAUGAUCCUCUCGACCCAUUGAACUGGUCCGCCUUUCAGAAGAACAGCAUCCUCGCUAUCGUGAUGGCUCUCUACUUCAUGUUCACCUACAUCACAACGACAACAGUACCCUCCUUUCCUGAGCUCCAGGAGCAAUACUCCCUCACCCUCGAGAUGGUCAACUGGACCGUCGCCAUCCCCGCCCUCGGCCUCGCCAUUGGGCCCCUGAUCUGGUCCUCGCCCGCCGACAUCAUCGGCCGUCGCCCCAUCUUCAUCCUGGGCACCCUCGUCGCCUUUGCAUCCACCAUCGGCGCCGCGAAGGCCAGCACCUACGGCGGGUACAUGGCCGCGCGCCUCUUCCAGGGCCUCGGCGUCAGCCCCGCCGCGACCGUCGGCCUCGCCAUCAUCAACGACAUGUUCUUCGAGCACGAGCGCGGGCAAAAGGUCGGCCUGUGGGUGCUGGCCAUUGACCUCGGCCUACUCGCCGGACCGCUCAUCGGCGGUUUUAUUGAUCUUGUCGACCACUAUUGGAUCCAGUGGCUGACGGCCAUCUUCUUCGCCGUCAUCCUGGCUGCGGAGCUGGCGUUCCUGCCCGAAACGCUCUACCCGCGCGACUACAUGCUCUCCAAGACAAAGGGGCUCGUGCCGGCGACGGGUUUGGUGGAUGAGAAAGCUUUGGAGACCGGCACCAUGGGCGCCGAUGCGGUCGAGAUCCAGAGGACGAAGAAGCUGGCGUUCAUCAACGUCAAGCCCGUGCCGGCGAUGAAGCACCCCAAGCCGUGGGACUCCAUCAUCCGCUUUGGCAAGCUGUUCAAGUUCCCCGUCGUGCCCAUCUCGACGGGCGUGUACUGCUUCGGGUGGUAUUGGUGGGUGUUGUCCGUCAUCACGAUGAUUCCUGUGGCGUACGUAGACUACUCUCCGCAGACUCAGGGCCUCUUUUUCAUCGGUCUCAUUGUCGGAACCCUCAUCUCCGAGAUUUUCUUCUCCGGCAAGCUCAGCGACUGGCUCGUCAUCAAGCUCGCCAAGCGCAAUGAUGGCAUCAAGACGGCCGAGAUGCGUCUCUGGCUCGCGUACCCCGCCGCCCUCCUCACGGCUAUAGGCCUCAUCAUCUGGGGCGUCAGCAUCGACAAGGGGUAUCACUGGAUGGUGGGCCAGGUCGCCUUUGCCUUGUUCGGCGCCGGAAUCCAGAUGGGCAACACCGCUAUCUGCUCAUACGUCGUCGACGCGUACCCGCUCCAGAGCAUGGCGGUCAUCACCUUCUACGCCGUCCUGCUGAACUUCAGCGCCUUCGUCGACCCCUUCUUCAUCGCGCCGUGGGUUGACGGCGUGGGAUACUCUUGGACGUUUGCGGGACACGGCAUUAUUACGAUAUUCUUCUGCAUCCCCGCGCUGGCGGCGUUGCACUGGUUUGGCGGGUCUAUUAGGCAGCGAUGCGGCGAGCCGGACUGGGUGAACCCGGAGUAUGACCAUGACAUUGUGCGGGAGACGUGA